UACGCAUUUAUGGCUUUCAUUAUUAAGACGCGUCAUUGUCAGUUUCUAGAAUACACACAAUCAAGAGUUGCCAGCGUACACUAAGGUUUGGUGUCUUUGAAUGGAAUGUACCAAGUGUGAAGCCUUCAAAGCUGAGCAUCGAGGGCUGUAGAGGAGCAACGUUACAGGGCAUACAAAAUAAGGGGAUACCACGAAAAUAGAGAAUCCUCUUGAGGCUAAAUGCACGUUAGGAUGUCCCAAGGGGCAACACGUAGAUAGGUUUCAACACCUUUGGAUAGGGGUGUUGUGAGUGUUAAGGACAGCAAGCCGAGCUUAGCGCAACAGCGUGACGUUAAGAAAUAUCUGCCGUGUAGAACAGGCCUGCAGGAGUGUAGCAUGGAGAUAUAUACUGUUGGCUGCGGGGCAGGAACUUGAAAAGGUGACGUGAAAGAAUAACACUGAAUUGUUAUUGGAGUUCAGUCUUCCGAGACCAAGUUGGAUCGACGUAAAGCUUCAAGGUUCUGAUACAUUUACCGGUGGAAAAGAGUGGUGCCGCUGUGAACCGUCAUCGUUAAAAGAUGUCUCUCUGUGUGGACUUUCAUGUAUCAAGUCAGGCAGGACUGCCACACUGUUCGCAAGCUGCACGGCACGGUGUAAUGGACAGGGCAACGGACUAAACACUAGAAACGUCGGUGAUAAUUUGGGAGCGUCGCUGUGGGUUAUGCAACGCUGCUCUCGCGACGUCAAUGCAGCGCGCGUGGCCGGCCGUGCUUGACGGGAUGAUGAGGCCGAGUCGCGACUCCACUGCAGCGGCUGCCAGGCGGAAAGGCUCAGCUUGCUCUGACGGGGAGGAGUGUUGUGCCCGCCCCGCACCGGUCCGUCAGUUGAACGCCCUGUUUUAGUCUGGUUCCCCUGACCUUGCCUUGACAUUGUUAUCCGUUGACCCUUUCAGGAGGUCGCUGCCGAAUUCAACCAACUGACGAUGGAUUGGAUAACACCCGAGUCGAGUUCAAGACGACGUUUACUCCAGAUUCAAGAAUUGCUCCCGUGAGUAUCGCCUAAUAGGCCCAUUUACUUUGAGCCGCUCCAUUUGACAAAAUAAACGUUACCAAUGUGAUGGUCACGCAGAAAUUCCACGUUGCUGCCCGGCAGAAGACAAAACCUGUCCCUUUUUGUACCAUCUCCCACUUUGCCCAAACAAAGCCGGGACUGGUCGGAACUCGGGUCCGUUUCGGGCAUUUUCGCACUUGUUAACUCGUUGAGAUUGUUUGUGGCGCAAAGCCUCCGCAGCCAAGUUCAAGAGUGGCGUCGACCAACUCCAACCACGCACCGGCGAUUCCUGCCGGCCCUCCCCCGCAGCCGCGGCCGCUGAGGAAGCGGUUGAGGCCCCCAGCCUUCACCAUGGUCAUCCUGCGCUGCUUCCGCCUCAUCUGUAUCACCGGGGUUGUCGCCAGCAUCAUCUCCUUCGUCCUGGGUACCCUCGCCAUCUCCACCGGGUCCUGGCUGCUGUCCCAGGGGGAGGUUCCAACCAUGCAAUUCCCGGACGACACGGUCCCGGAUGACCUCGGCAGCUCGGUGGCUCCGGGCAACCUGUCCGACUGGAGCAGGAACAACACCGAAAACACCACCACCACUGGUACCGUCACUACUGCUAGAACAACGGAACUCACCGCGACAACAGGCCAAACCGCGACCGAUGCAUGGAUGCGAUCAACGGGGACAAUGUCUCCGUCGGACGCUGGUGAAAACGUGACCACUGCUGAACUCCAAAUAAUCACAGUGAUAGCUACCAGUGGUCUUUGGCACGUAUGCCAAGCGAAGAUACAGGAUGGAGUUGUCGUGGGAGAAUGGCUGUGUUCGAACAUCAUUGGCAGCCUUGCUUUGAUGCAAAGUUCGAAACACCUGAAGAUUCUGAAGGCACGAUCAGCGGACCUCGAAUCAUCUGUCACUGUCGGACCACAAUCUGACUUAACAGUAUACAUAGAGACGUCAGAAGUCUAUUUUCAGUCUAUGUUGGCGUUUGAAUUGAUCAGCGUGGCGGCAACACUGGCCGGCAGCUGCAUAGCGACAGUCGCCAUUUACAAACAACAACCACUUGCUGUGCUGGUUGCCGCAUUCACCAUGUUUUUCGCAGGACUGUUCAUGCUAGUCGGCCACGUGAUGAUGCUCAGUAUCCACAAGGCCAAUAACGACGGGACCAACGAGAAUAGCUGGUACUACGGCUGGUCCUUCAUCGUUGCCUGGUUGUCCUUCUGUAUGUGUCUUGUGUCUGGAACCAUAAACUGUGUUGUGUACCGCAACUUCCGAAAGAUGUCCGAGGAACUCACGGGGACGCCCUCUCGCGUCAAGUACGCCAACCGGCCGCCGCCUGUCAACCUCGGCUCCAGCAUAUGAAUGGGGCGCCAUCUGUCGUUCACACCACUCCAGCGUCUUUUACAUUUUUAAGGAAGAGGAGAGCACGAUGACGUACCAAUCUUCGGAUGGAAUACACGUGAUGGUUAUUUAAGUCAUGGAUUUAAAACAGAGUACAGCCUCAUAUAACUCAGUUACAGUUCUGAAUGCUAUCCAUCUAACCUUUAUCACGUUUAUGUUGCAGUAGUGUAAAGUAGAGUCACAAUCUUCACAAACUCACCAUCUGACGAGUAGAAUUUAACAUUGAUCGGAUGCUUAUGACGGACAUAACUCAUGCCGCAACAUUUACUACAGAACGUGUGCCGGCACAUCACUGCCAUAGGAACUUGGGAAGUGUCCACUCACGGCCUCCGUGAACAUGAGUGAAGCUGGUUUACCGUGCGACCACUCACGGUGUUCAGACGCAGCGUAGUAACCGUCAGCAAUUUGUUGGAUUAACGGUUUGAUUUUGGUUUUUUAAGGAAUAAACGCAAUACAGGACUCUGCAAUUUUCUAAAGACGCGUUUGGUAUUAAAAAAUAUAUCACGACACCAUUUAGUUUCCAAAGUGCCUGCCACUGCGCUUCAGGCGUGAACUAAAGAUGGCGUUGUUGAAUUUCACAGCCAGAGAAUAAAGUGGGAAAUGCUUAUUUGCUGGUCCGGCGGUCGCCUUACCAUUAUGCAAACUGUUCACUUUGGCUGCGUCCACUCAUGCAAAUUUCGAUACUCGCCCUUGACUGGUUCCAGACGUCUUAUUGACGUCCUCCAAACAUAGGGACCGGUAGCAGUUUUAAAAAUCCGGCCUUCCGCCCGGUGUAUGUAAAUGAGGAAACGAUGCCCACUCAAUUCACAAAUCAAGCUGAUAGCAUAUUUUGCUUUUCUUCUUCGUUGCCGAAAAUACCUCCACCGUAAAUUGUUCAUUUAUCUAAAAUUGAACACAAUAACCGCUGAUUGAAAUAAAUUGCAGUGUAUGAUUUAUCGAUGAUAAUUAUUGAAAAAUGAAUUACCGCACUGUGAUCAAUAGAGGGUGGAUAGGCACUCGUGUUUUAUUCGCCGUCGCGUUGAAAUGUCAUUCAUGUUAAAGCAUUGCUACAGACCUUUUCACAAAUAAAUUCAUAAUAAUGCACGCAUGUGCAAAAAUGGCCUCGGCGGCAAGGGCCAUUGAAAAUGUACAGGGGUGCGAUUUUAAUUAUUUUCUCUUAGAUUUUCUGGCUUUGUUAAGUUUUUUCUUCAGAAAACCCCGUUAAAUCGUUUUUGACAUGAGUUUUUAAUCUAAGCAGGAUUUUUCCCACUUAAUCUCGUGCAAGCAGGAAAACUCACGAUUAGAUUAGAAACUAAUAGUAAAAACGAUUUAAUGGGAUUUUCGGAAGGAAAAAAAUGAACAA